GCUUCAAACUUCAUCUGUGGUGAUCUGGUGCAUCUAGUCUAGUGCACGUUGCAUCGUUUGUAUUCAAGAAAGAGGUGUCAAAAACUCUCAUGCAGGUCUAUAAAAUCUGUCGAAUGAUAUUGAACUGAUGGUUGAUUUUGUAAAUCUUUAUUUAGCUCUUGUUUAUCCGCUUCAUUAAAAAUCAUGAUCAACAGCCUUUUUAUCAUUAAUUCUUCUGGCGAUGUUUUCAUGGAGAAACAUUGGAAGAGUGCAGUGGCCCGAUCCUUGUGUGAUUAUUUCUUUGAUCAGCAAAGACGUGUUCUCUCUCCGGAAGAUACACCACCUGUCAUUGCAACGCCUCACCAUUAUCUCAUUAGUGUAUACAGAUGCAGCAUGUUCUUUGUGGCUGUAUGCACUACAGAAGUUCCUCCGCUAUUUGUCAUUGAGUUUCUGCACAGAGUUGUGGACACUUUUGAAGAUUAUUUUAAUGAAUGCACUGAAACUACAAUAAAGGAAAAUUAUGUAGUUGUCUAUGAAUUGUUAGACGAAAUGUUAGACAAUGGCUUCCCACUUGCCACUGAAUCCAACAUUCUGAAGGAACUCAUCAAGCCUCCAAAUAUAUUGCGAACGAUAGCCAAUACAGUUACUGGCAAAUCAAAUGUCAGCGCAAUUUUACCGAGUGGACAGCUCUCUAACGUUCCCUGGAGGAGAACAGGUGUAAAAUAUACGAAUAACGAAGCAUAUUUUGAUGUCGUUGAAGAAGUGGAUGCUAUCAUUGAUAGAUCGGGCGCUACUGUUUUUGCUGAGAUUCAGGGAUAUAUCGAUUGUUGUAUAAAAUUGAGUGGAAUGCCUGAUCUCACUCUUUCUUUCAUGAAUCCACGAUUAUUCGAUGAUGUGAGCUUUCAUCCUUGUGUUCGAUUCAAGCGAUGGGAGUCGGAAAGAAUAUUGUCGUUUAUUCCUCCCGAUGGCAAUUUUCGUUUGCUGUCGUAUCACAUAGGCUCGCAAAGUGUCGUAGCAAUUCCAAUUUACGUUAGACACAACAUCAGUCUGAAGGAAGCUGGUGGUGGGAGAUUGGAUAUAACAGUGGGACCAAAACAGACAGUGGGGAGAACUCUGGAAAACGUCACAUUGGAAAUCCCAAUGCCCAAAGUAGUUUUAAACUGCAGUCUCGUGCCUAACCAGGGAAAAUAUUCCUUCGAUCCUGUGAGCAAAGUACUUUUUUGGGACGUCGGAAGAAUAGAUUUUUCGAAGCUGCCAAAUCUUCGGGGUUCGAUAAGCGUGCAAAAUGCGGCUACCGUGGUGGAAUCAAAUCCUGCCAUAAAUGUACAUUUUACAAUAAAUCAGCUCGCCGUUUCUGGUUUAAAAGUUAAUGGAUUGGACAUGUAUGGUGAAAAAUAUAAGCCGUUUAAAGGUGUAAAAUACAUCACCAAAGCCGGAAGAUUUCAAAUAAGAAUGUGAGAUCAACUGAAGCUAAGGAACAAGAGCAUUUGAAUAUAUGAAGUUUAACCGGAGAGUGCAAUGCUACACUGAAGAGAGCCAAAUCUCUAUUUUUAUCAUCGAUUGGUAUGAAAAAUGGAGUACAGGGAUUUUUUUUAUGAAAGAGCGGAAAGUCUGUCUUGCUUCUGAUUGCAGGUUAUAUUUUUUCGCUCUUAUUAUAUAAUUAUAAUUAUUACGAUUUUGAGAUGGUUUAUCGAUUAAUCAUUGUACAAUGUAAACUCUUCGAAAUGAAAUCAUUUAUAUAGCAAA